AUGAAUACCAAUCUUCAAGCACAUUGUCAUACUGAUGCUAAUUAUGAAGUCAAUGUUGAGUCUACACUACGAUCAGAUUCACAUGUGCUUGAUAAUGAUUUUAUCGGCCAUCCCAAUAAAAAUAAUGAAUCCUAUUCUAAUCUCAAUGCUUCAACAAGUAAUUCAGAAUAUGCAUUCGGACUCUUUGAAUCUGAUCUACUAAUGAGCAACAGUGAAAAUGUUUCUAUUGAUCAUGAUAUCAAUCUUUCGUCCAAUCAUAUUAACGCAAAUGAUCCUGGUGCUAUUUCAAACACUCGACAUAAAAGAACCAUAUUUCAACCGUCAUACUUUGGUGGCCCGACUUUUAAAUGCUUAUUUUGCAAUGCAUUCAUGUGGUAUGAUGAAAGAAUUGAUCUAUCCAAAUCUACUUCAACCCCAAAAUUUAAUAUGUGUUGCAAACAAGGGCUUAUUUCUCUUCCUCCACAAAAACCAACACCACCUUUCCUACGCCAAUUAUUUGAUGGUAAUGGUGGAGUAAGGAAUUCAAAAUUUAAAGAGCAGAUCAGAAUAUACAACUCACUUUUUCAAUUUACUUCACUUGGUGGAAUUAUUGGUAAUAAUAUCAAUGAAAUACCUGGGCCUUAUGUAUUCAAGCUAUCAGGGCAAAAUUAUCAUAGAAUGGGAUCUUUGCUUCCAAUUACUUGGCAUAAAGCUAAAUUUGCACAGCUAUACAUGAUUGAAUCAGAAGCUGAAUUAAAUUAUAGAAUGUCAUGCUUCCAAUUUGAUGAUAAUAUGCAAAGAUUGGACAAUAAUAUUGUAUGCGGAUUAAGAAAUAUGUUGGAUGGGUACAAUGAGAUUGUCAAAGUCUUCCGAAGUGCAAGAGAACUUCACAUGCAAUUUAGAGAAUUACCAGUUAAGAUAAAGCUGAUUACAAAUCGAAAUAAUAAAGUCCAUAAUUAUUCUGCACCAUCAGUUCCAAAAAUCGCUGCUCUCAUUGUUGGUGAUAUUGGUAUUAAUGAGCAUGGGAGAGAUAUUAUAGUAGAACACAAACAAGAAGGUUUAAAAAGAAUUAGUGAUCUACAUCCAUUGUUCAUGCCACUUCAAUAUCCAUUACUUUUUCCUUAUGGAGAAGAUUGCUUCCAUCUAAAUAUAGAUUAUGAAGAAUCUCCAAUACGAAGCAAAUUAGGAAGGAAAUGUUUAACUAUGAGAGAAUAUUAUGCUUACUUGCUCCAACAAAGAAAUAUUGAGAAUAAUACCUUGCUAAGAGGAGGUCGACUUUUCCAACAAUUUAUAGUUGAUUGUUAUGCUAUAAUUGAAGACACAAGAUUACGAUAUAUUAGAGAGCAUCAAACAUCAUUGAGGACUGAAAUGUACAAGACUGUUAGAGAUGCAACCAGUCAAGAAGAUCUGCAGUGCAAUAGUAUUGGGAAACGCAUUAUUUUACCUGCAAGCUUUAUACCAGGCCCUAGGUAUAUGUUCGAAAAAUACCAAGAUGCAAUGGCUAUUUGUAGAUUUUUUGGCUAUCCUAUACUAUUUAUUACAUUUACUUGCAAUCCUCGAUGGACAGAAAUAGCAGAUGCAUUGAACGCUAUUAUAGGCCAACGUCCUGAGGAUAGAUCUGACAUAGUCUCAAGGGUUUUACGUAUAAAACUACGUUCAUUUGAUGGAUGA